GAUCCAAUAAAGUCGAAGUAACCCAUUUAACAUGCGUCUGCUGCUCGUCCUCUCCAUUGUCCUGGCCGUGAUCCUCGGCUGCCACGCCUACAGCGCCACCUGGGGGCGCAGGGUGAACAACGACUUCCUCCUCUCCCGCAGCAGGGAAGUGCGCAACCCGAUCAAGAACAACUACUGGAACGUGAACGUGAACUACCCCGCCGGAUUCUACAACAUCUCCGCCGUGAUCGUGUACGACAACUUCAAGAACAACUCCGGCGCAGCUCCCAGCCUCUACUCCGGCGGUCCGGGCUACCGAUUCGCCACCGUGAAUCUCCGUGGCCAGGUGAACCGUGGCAUCGACUCCACCGUCGAGGUCUGGGGUCGUUAGGGGAUCCAAGCUAGAAGUCAUUAUAAAAAAAGCGCAUUACUUCGGAAAAAUGUAAAAUAAAACUGUGAAACUUAUAAUAAAAGUGUAAAUUCUUAUAUAA